CUUUACUUGGAGAGUCUCUGCUUCUCAUUUCACCGGUUAUCAACCAGGGGAAGGCAUUCAGGGAAGACUGUAGGAGUCUCUUCGUGUGCCUCAUGGCUGCGGUACUUGGAAACAGCACCCAAACUACGGGAACUUCAGAUUGUGAGCUGAGAAGCCACUUCAGAAGGAGAAAGAGGAGGAGGUCGACAAGAAAAGAGAGAACCAGUAUGCUGUCAUCCUUCAUCAGCCCUAUGAAGAUUAGAGAUACUGGGACAACAACAUCAAAAGACGAUGGAGACACUUCAAAUAGCAGCAGCACUGAGGUGAAGGAGAAUCGUCAUAGCACAAACCAAGUGGACUAUUCAACCAUACGACAACCUGCACAUCAUCAACCAGCUCUUUACACUGACAUCUCCAGAGAGCUCCCCAGGACUACUGCUCUAAAGAGGAAGCAGCCAUUGGUGGAAGGAAAAGACAGUCUUCUCUAUGAACUCCAGUUGAUCUGUAAGAGGACGGCCCAUUGCUUUACAUCAGAUGGCGCCACGACUCCAUCUGCACUGUCGGUUGAGGGAGGAGCAUCACGCGGGAGUGACGCAACCCGUCGGAAGACAAUGAGGACUUCCUGGUCUGUCACAAAGAAGAACGCCCUGGUGCAGUUGAACGAGCUGAGACCAGGUCUACAGUAUGAGAUAGCAUCCUGGACAGGGCCAGUUCACGCCCCUGUGUUCGCUGUAGGAGUAGAGGUGAACGGUCUCAGGUUCGAGGGCCGAGGGCCCACCAAGAAGAAGGCUAAGAUGAGAGCAGCAGAGAUGGCUCUUAGGUCCUUCAUCCAGUUUCCCAAUGCCCCUCAGGCUCACAUCACCAUGGGAAACCUCAACUUUAUCAACACCACAGCACCAGCAGACUUCACCUCAGACCAGGCCGUUCUCAUCCCUGACACGCUCUUCAAGGAGUUUGAGCCAGAAGCAAACGAAGACCAAUUCCUUUACCACAGGACAGACGGAAAGGAGUUGCAAUUUGAGGAGCCACCAGCGCAGGGAGAUACACAACUCCUAUACCACAGCCACAGGACAGGGGGAAAGGGACAGGAGUUGCUCUCCAGCAUUUGUAACCAUGGGAGACUAGUAUGCCUGACCCUUGACCUGAUGUCCUCAGCCAAUCAGAAGAGGCAGAGGAUCGGUUCCUCCAUUGUUGAGGAGCUGAGGCCUGUGGCUCUGCUCAAUGAGUUAAGGCCAGGCCUGAGGUACGUCUGCCUGAUGGAGAGAGUGCGGGGCAGGCCGAUCAGGAGCUUUGUGAUGGCAUUGAGGGUGGAUGGAAGGAUAUUUGAGGGCUGUGGGCGCAGUAAGAGACUGGCUCAAGCCCAGGUAGCUACCUCAGCCCUACAGGACCUGUUUAACAUCAGUCUGGGGCCUGAGACUAGCAUCAGUCGUACUGCCAGCUGGGCCAAGAGUUCUCAGCUACCUCAGUGCUUUGCAGAGUCAAUCUUCCACUUGGUGAGAGAGAAACACAGUCAGCUAGACUGUUACUGCCCUGCCUCCCACACCCGUCACAAAGUACUGGCAGGCAUCGUAAUGACCAGAGGUUUUGACGUUAGGCGAGGCCAGGUGGUGUCUCUGGGGACAGGGACCAAGUGUUUCAGUGGAGUGUGUGUCAGUGACCAGGGAUGGACGGUUAAUGACUGCCAUGCUGAGGUCAUCACAAGGAGGGCUUUCCUCCGCUUUCUCUACACCCAACUGGAGCUCUUUCUCUGUAACCGGCCAGACAGUUUGGAGCAGUCCAUCUUUGUGCGAGACAAAGAGUCUGGGUACAGACUGAGAGAUGGUAUUCUGUUCCAUAUGUAUGUGAGCUCAUCGCCCUGUGGGGACGCACGCCUCAAUUGCCCCUACGAGGUAACAGCUACACACCACAGCUGGCACAGAUUUGUAAGGAAGUUACGCUGCCAUCUGAGGAUGAAGAUGGAAGGCGGUGAGGGUACACUUCCUGUCAGCGUACGGAGAGCCAAUCAGAAAUGGGACAGGGGAUUGCCGAGGGAACCUCCGGUCACCAUGUCCUGCACAGAUAAAAUGGCCAGGUGGAAUGUUCUAGGUCUCCAGGGCUCUCUCCUGUCUCACCUGGUGGAGCCAGUGUACCUCCACAGCCUCACUGUGGGCAGCCUGUGCCACACGGGUCACCUGGGAAGGACCAUGGCACGACGCAUGGGGCACAUCAGCCCCACGUCCUCCUCCUAUAGACACAACAGGCUACUCCUCGGCUGCCUCAGCAGCAGUGAGGGUCGGCAGCCAGGGAAGUCCCCCAGGUUCAGUGUGAACUGGAGUGCUGGAGACGGGGAGCUGGAGGUGCUGGAUACCUCUACAGGCAGGAGGAAAGGCUCAGGGACACCAUCCAGACUCUGCAAGAGAUCCCUCUUCACUCGUUGGGAGAGACUACACCACGAGCUGAGCAGGCCAGGACAAGUGUUGGGUGACGAGAAGGCCAUAAAGACGUACUGUGGAGCUAAGAUGACAGCGGGGGCCUACCAGAGAGCCAAGCAGAAGUUUGUCCUCUCACUGCAGGAGGCAGGCCUGGGCAUCUGGAACAGGAAACCACCAGAACAGGAGCACUUCCAGAGCAGCCUGUAAGGGGUUCACACACACUCACAUGCGCUCUUCCUAUCAUGGUCACUAAGACCAUAGAGGUCCUAUAACAAUGUUACCAUGAUAGGGACAGCAUGUGUACAGGUAACCCGCCAAAAUAAUGGAAACAUUUGAGUAAAUGAAGGAUACAAAGUAUAUUGACAGCCGAGUUAAUUAAGCCGUUAAUAUUCUAUAAUGCUUAGGGUCAUGUAUAGAAAUGCUGGAGGAGGAAAGCAUGGAUUAUCAACUAGAUUCAGCCGUGGGCGGAACAGGGGGGCGGAACAUAAUUACAGAUAAUUUCUAGGCAAAUUGACCACAAGAAGCCCAAAACAGAUCUAUUUGACUAAAACAUAGUCAUUUCAAACCUUGAUUACAUUUUUAUACGAUCAUCUCUAUGAUGCAACGGAAUACUUAGAAACACAUUUCCCAAAUUAGAAUCACUUUGGACUGAUUUCCUGGUGCUUUUACAGUUUUAUUUUACGUCCAACAAUGAAAAUCCCUAGAGGUCUUCUCAGGUCCAAAAAUGUGGACAUGGACACGAACGGACAGAUCAUAAAUUAUUUAAAGGAUUUUUAAAAGGGGACCCGAACCUGACAACAAUCAGACCCGAGCAUAAAUGGACCCGACAACACCCAGACCUAGACCUGACCCCUAACAGUUCCUGAUCUAGACCAGACCCCUGAUUGGACCAGAGAGAUAUUUUUUUACAUUUGCAACUAAGUUGCUCUUCUGGUUAACAAAUAGGCCUUUAUAUGGUGGCUAGGCCUUCUGUAAAGUCAAUAAACUCACAUUAUAAGUGUAAAAUAAAUAUGCUAUAGGCUAUGCAGAGCCAUUCGGGUCAACGUGGGUCUAUCAGCUGUAGUACCUAGAGUCUAGGUAGACCCAAACCCGAUGACAAUCAAACAGGACCCAAGGGAAAAGUUAUAAUUCUGGACCGCAGUCGGGUAUCGGGUAUUUGUUUUUGGGUACACCCAUGAAGACCUGUACUAUAACCCUAUUGGAUGACAAUGCACAGGGCACGAGUGGUUACUGAAUUGUUUGAUGAGCAUGAAAACAAUGUAAACCAUAUGCCAUGGCCAUCUCAGUCACCAGAUCUCAACCCAAUUGAACAAUUAUGGGAGAUUCUGGAGCAGCACCUGAGACAGCAUUUACCACCAGCAAAUUAUGGCAUUUCUUGUGUUGGGGUUUCCUUUAUUUUGGCAGUGUGAGGUGAGUGUGUGAGGGAAUUUGGCUAGCUAAAGUUCCCUGGAUUGCAUCUGUGCACUAUUUGCUUAUCUAUAAUGAAUUUGUAGUCCUGCUUUCAUUCCGCCUCCUCUGUGCAAUCAUAUAACAAUAGUAGCCCAAAGAUGAUCCCAUUUCCCCUUUAGUAAUCCGUCAUCCACACCUGUUGAGUUACUCACUUGAGCUCCCCUUAUUUUUGGUGUCUCCUUGCAAUGCAAACAACAUUUCCUUUCAACCAUUCUGUCAUGUAUUGUCUUGUUCAUUUUUUAUAUUGAAUGUUAUUAAAUAGUUUUGAGAGAAAAUUGUCAUUGUAGUACUGGGGAGUCAGUAGACUAUAGUAUGUGACUGGCUAUAGCAUGUGAAACUGGCCGUGAGAAACAUGAAAGAGCAGUGACAUCUAGUGGCUCAAAUAGUACAUUUCAAGUUGACAGUAAUUUACUCAUUUCUAUUUUAUUUUAUCUACAUUACAAUUGCACAUAUAGACAUGUCAUAGUUCAUUUAAAUUAAUUAAUGUAUUUCCUCUUUCUGCAAGCAACUUUAUUGCUAGAUAUAUAUUUCUACAGAUAUAUAUUUCUACACAAAAGACAUCUCUGCACAACACCAUCUCACAGACAAACGACAAUGCAAAUAGUAAUGUCAAAGUAUUUUGUAUCAAUAUCAUUGAAUGUCAAAUGUAAAAUAGUUAUUACUAUUUUUAUUAAAAUGCAGUAAAUUAGCAUUUUUAGAAUCCUCCACUUGGUCUUUGCUAGUUUUCCAAAUCAAACUGUAUUUUUCACAUGCGCAGAGUACAACGGGUGUAGACUUAACCGUGCAAUGCUUGCUUACGAGCCCUUCCCAAUAACGCAGAGUUAAACAAUAAUACAAAGAAAAAUAGUAACACAAGAAGCAUAAAAUACACAAGAAUGGAACUAUAUUUAGGGAGUACCAGUACCAGAUAAAUGUGGAGCUACAUACAGGGAGUACCAGUACCAGAUAAAUGUGGAGCUAUAUACAGGGAGUACCAGAUAAAUGUGGAGCUAUAUACAGGGAGUACCAGUACCAGAUAAAUGUGGAGCUAUAUACAGGGAGUACCAGUACCAGAUAAAUGUGGAGCUAUAUACAGGGAGUACCAGAUAAAUGUGGAGCUAUAUACAGGGAGUACCAGUACCAGAUAAAUGUGGAGCUACAUACAGGGAGUACCAGAUAAAUGUGGAGCUAUAUACAGGGAGUACCAGUACCAGAUAAAUGUGGAGCUAUAUACAGGGAGUACCAGAUAAAUGUGGAGCUAUAUACAGGGAGUACCAGUACCAGAUCAAUGUGGAGCUAUAUACAGGGAGUACCAGUACCAGAUCAAUGUGGAGCUACAUACAGGGAGUACCAGAUAAAUGUGGAGCUAUAUACAGGGAGUACCAGUACCAGAUCAAUGUGGAGCUAUAUACAGGGAGUACCAGUACCAGAUCAAUGUGGAGCUACAUACAGGGAGUACCAGGUCAAUGUGGAGCUAUAUACAGGGAGUACCAGUACCAGAUCAAUGUGGAGCUACAUACAGGGAGUACCAGAUCAAUGUGGAGCUAUAUACAGGGAGUACCAGAUCAAUGUGGAGCUAUAUACAGGGAGUACCAGAUCAAUGUGGAGCUACAUACAAGGAGUACCAGAUAAAUGUGGAGCUAUAUACAGGGAGUACCAGUACCAGAUCAAUGUGGAGCUACAUACAGGGAGUACCAGGUCAAUGUGGAGCUAUACAGGGAGCACCAGUACCAGAUCAAUGUGGAGCUAUAUACAGGGAAUACCAGUACCAGAUCAAUGUGGAGCUACAUACAGGGAGUACCAGGUUAAUGUGGAGCUAUAUUCAGGGAGUACCAGGUCAUUGAAGAGCUAUAUACAGGGAGUACCAGUGCCAGAUCAAUGUGGAGCUAU